CCCCAAACUUUGAUUUAAUAAAUUUUCAGUUUGAAACCUUUGAAAGUUAAAAGCAAUUCGACCGUUGCCUCUCUCCCCCACAUAACACGCUCUCCCCCCCUGUCUUUGUAUCUGCUUCAAACAAAAACUUCUUCAAGCUCAACGCUAAUGGCGGAAGAUUAUGGGUUUGCCCCAGAGGAAAUGAGUGUCAAUGAGAACCUUGGAUACCCUAAAGCCUACGCUAAACUCUGUCGUGACCGAGGUUUCACUCCCUAUAGCCAUGGCCCUCCCUUCACUUUCAUACCUCAUGCUUUGCACGAAGACGAGGCUGAGAGAGCAAGGGAUUUGGAUGAGAUGUUUCCGAUGAUUGAUCCGAAAGCUAAACCAACGAGCAAACCUAAAAUCUUUGUGAGUGUCUUGUGGAAGCAGCUGAGCCAUCUUGGGAAUGCUGGCUUUGACCCUGCGGUGAUUCGAGUUGAUGCUUAUGGCAACGUCCUCUAUUAUCAUGCUGACUCAGCUUCUCCUUUGGCUUGGGAUAUUGAUCACUGGUUUCCCUGUUCAAGGGGAGGUUUGACUGUUCUUAGCAAUCUAAGUAUAUUACAGAGGCAAGCCUGUAAGAGGAAGAAAAACAAACUGGAAUUCUUGGUGCCAUGGUGGGAUUUCCAAUUGGGUAUAUCUGUAAACCAGUUCAUGUCCAUUUUUGCUUCUUCAAACUCAGACUUCAGGCACAGAGCCUUUUCAUUCUUGUUCUAUGAAGGAGAAAAUCAAGAAUUGAAUGCUUCACAAAUAGUGGAUUCUCAUUCUUUUCCACAACACUUUGUUGGAUUGAAAGAUGAAAUUGGCCUUGCUCCAGCUGCAAUUGUGGAAUCUAGAAGGGAACCUUAUGAUGCAUUAAGACAACUUGAUUACAAUAGGAAGCAAAGGCCCAUAAAAAGAAAUGGCAAUCUCCUGAAAGAAAAUGAAGAUCCAGAGUUUGUGAAAAACCCCUACCAAGCCAUUGUCAUGGCCAGAGAUUCCCUGAAGCAAAGAGAGGAAACUACAAAAAUGCACGCAGAAAUGCUGAAGCUAGAUAAUGAAGUGAAUGAAAUGAAGCUCAAAAAUGAGGAAGAAAAGCUCACUAUUCAAGACCUGGAAUUAACUCUCAUUAAACGUAGGAGGAAAGCAGAAAAGUGCAGACGUUUAGCUGAGGCUCAAUCUUCUUACAGGACUAUGCUAGAGAAGAUGAUUAGAGACACUAUGCACCAGAGUGUCAUUUAUAAGGAACAGGUAAGAUUGAACCAGGCUGCAACUAAUGCACUAAUGGCUAGACUUGAAGCACAGAGGGCACUCUGCGAUGCUGCUGAGAAAGAUCUUCACAAGAAAUACAAACAAAGGGAUGACAUAGAGAAACAGAUUAGACCUGAAUGGGAGCAAGGAAGGAAGAGGUCAAGAAUAGAUGAUUUCACAUUUGAAGAGAGAGACAUUAAACCUGCUCUUUAUUUGCCUGGACCCAGCAGACCAAGAACACCUUUGCACAAGGAGCUCAGAGUGUUUUUACAAGAAGAACAAAGGGCAUCUGAAGCUGGCUUAUCUGCAAACGAAGAACAAAAACAGGAAGAAAAAGAAGAGAAGCUGAAAAUGCCAACUACUAAUAAAACAGAAGAGAAGCUUGAGGAGCAUACCAGAUCAAGUGUUUUAUUGGAUGAAGAAAACUCAAUUGAGCACAGACUUAAGAAGCUAGAAAUCAGUGAAGAGAAGAGGAAUUAUGCCAUUUCAUUCCUGGGUCUUCAUGAGACAGAAACCGAGGAAGAUGAUGAAGAAACAAGGAAGGAACGUGGCAAAGGAAAUGUUGAAAGGUGGCUUCAAAUGCUUUUAGAGAAUGGUCAACAAGAAGGAACUGAUCCACAAGAAACAAACAAAAACGCUUCUCUUGAAACUGAAGAAAUAAUCCAACAGCUGAAUCAGAAGUUUCCACAAAAGGAGUUGAAGGUCUCAAAAGUUUCAGAUUCUGAUUAUGAAGAGAAGAAGCUGCAACUUCUUCAAGACAAUAAGGGCUGGACAGAGAAAGAAGAUAGAAUAGAAAAUGAAGAAGAUAUAAGUGUUAUGCCAACAAGAUACAAAAAUUACUGUGAAGAAGCUCGCAUAUGUGAAGGAAAUGGCACUCCAAGUUUUGAAGGGAUGGAAAGAAAGGAACAACAUAAAAAGGGAAAAAAGCUUGCUAGAUCAGAGAGUGCCAAGACCUUGAGGCGAAUCCCAUCUUCUCCAUCUUUGCUUCUUGGGAUAAAAAAAGGUGUGGACUACAUACGGAAGAAGCCAAUGGCAAGUGAUGAUGGUGUUAAUGAGGAUCUUGCAUCAGGAAACAGCUUCUUGAGGUCAUCCAUGAAGACAAUCAAGAAAGCUGUCAAAUUAUGAAUACAAAAUAUAUUUUAGGAAUGCAUUUGUACCUUGUGUUUCUUGAUCUUGACUAUUUUACAAAUUUGAGUGAUGCUAGGAGAAUAAAAUGAGUGAAAUUUAUUGUAAUCCAAAAAAAGAAGAGAAAAUAAGGUGUGAAAUGUUGGUAUUCUAUUGUUUGAUUUGUGUAUAAGAUUUUUAAGCUGUCAAAUAUUUGACAAGUGAUAACAGCUUGUUGUUUUGCCGCAAGCAUU